AUGUCUCAAGGUAGAAAGGCUGCUGAAAGAUUGCAAAACAAGACAAUUUUCAUUACCGGUGCUUCUGCAGGUAUUGGUCAAGCCACAGCAUUGGAAUAUCUAGAUGCUGCUAACGGUAAUGUCAAAUUGAUCUUAGCAGCAAGAAGGUUGGCUAAGUUGGAAGAAUUGAAGGAAAAAAUCAAUGCUGAAUACCCACAAGCUAAAGUAUAUAUCGGUCAAUUGGACGUCACUGAAACUGAGAAGAUUCAACCUUUCAUUGAUAACUUGCCGGAAGAAUUCAAGGAUAUCGAUAUUUUGAUUAACAAUGCCGGUAAAGCUUUGGGAUCUGAUGUUGUCGGUACCAUCAGUAGCGAGGACAUCAAAGGUAUGAUAGAUACUAACGUUGUUGCCCUUAUCAACGUUACCCAAGCUGUUUUGCCUAUUUUCAAAGCAAAGAAUUCCGGUGACAUCGUUAACUUAGGUUCUGUUGCCGGUAGAGAUGCAUAUCCAACUGGUUCUAUCUAUUGUGCUUCGAAGCAUGCUGUCAGAGCGUUCACUCAGUCUUUGAGAAAAGAAUUAAUCAAUACUGGUAUUAGGGUCAUUGAGAUUGCUCCAGGUAAUGUCGAAACUGAGUUCUCUCUAGUUAGAUACAAGGGUGAUGCCGAUCGUGCUAAACAGGUUUACAAAGGUACUACUCCUCUAUAUGCAGAUGACAUUGCUGACUUGAUCGUUUAUGCCACUUCAAGAAAACCUAAUACUGUCAUCGCUGAUGUUUUGGUAUUUGCUUCCAACCAAGCAUCUCCUUACCACAUUUACCGUGGCGAAUAG